AUGUCGAGCAUAGGCGUGGACCCGCUCCAAGCAACAGACUCGAGCAUCACCAGCCAACGACCUUCCGCACACACACAACGAUACGAUAGACAGUUGCGACUGUGGGCUUCUUCGGGGCAGUCGUCACUCGAGAAGUCCCGACUUCUUGUCGUCGGAGCCUCGGCGCUCUCAGCACAGAUUCUCAAGAACCUGGUGCUGCCAGGCAUCGGCUGCUUCGUUCUGCUCGACGAUGCGAUCGUCAACGGCGCCGACCUCGGCGUCAACUUCUUCCUGCAGCCCGGCGAGAGCGAGGGAAAGUAUGCAGCCGAAGAGAUGUGCCGUCUUCUUACAGAGAUGAACACCAGCGUCGCCUCGGAGGCAAAGCUUGCGAAUCCUGCGUCUCUCCUGCACUCAGAUCCCAGCUUCUUUGCUGGCUUCACUUUGGUCAUCUCUGUCAAUCAGUCAAUAUCCUUCGACCUGGCUCUCUCGGACGCCUUGUGGUCGCUGCAGCCACCAUCGCCGCAAGUGCCACUGCUCCGAGUCCGCACUGCCGGCAUGCUGGCAGAGAUGCAGAUCAGCUUGGAGGAGCUUGGCAUCAUCGAGACACAUCCGGACAGCGUGGUCGACCUCAGAAUCACAAGACCAUUCCCAGAACUGCUCGAUCUCGCCCAGCAAUUCGACCUCAACACAAGCGAUACCAUGGAGCAUAGCCACAUCCCCUUCCCUGUCAUCCUCAUCAAGAAGCUGGUCGAGUGGCAGACCGCCAACGAGGGGAAGCUGCCCACAUCCGCCAACCGCGAUGCCUUUGUCAAGCAAAUCAACGCAUCGCGGCUCGCUGGCAACCCUGACGCAGAGAACUUUGACGAGGCGGUCUCUGCACUCGGCAAGCAUCUCUGGCGACCGCUCGCAUCGAAUGGAGUUGGCGGCGGGGGCGUGCCAGACGAGGUGCAAGCCAUGUUCAAAGACGAUGCGUGCACCAAUGUCACUGCAUCGUCGACCAACUUCUGGAUCCUGGUGCGAGCACUACGCGAGUUCGUGGCAGCUUCACCGACGCAAUCGCUGCCGCUGUCCGGCUCGAUACCCGAUAUGAAGGCGACCUCGUCCGGCUAUAUCAAGUUGCAAAACACGUAUAGGACCAAGUCGCUGCAGGACUUGGCGCAGUUCAAAGAGCUCGUAGGACAGACUUGCAAGUCGGCCGGUGUUGAGGGUAACAUCGCUGAUGACGAGAUCGAGGCGUUCGUCAAGCACGCCGCAUACCUCAAGUUGAUCAGGGGUCGCAGCCAGAGGCAGAGAUACGAGGCUCCGAAUCAAGAAGUCGCGAUGUUCGCCUUCAUGGAUCCAGUCAACCCUUCCACAUUCCAACAUCACAUCGCUCUGGCAGCAGCAGAUCAGUUCCUGGAGCAGCACGGCCGAUACGCGGGCGUCUCACAUCCUUCGUCUGCAUCAACGACGAGCUCGAUCUCCCCAAAGUCGUACUUCACCAACGGCAUCGACCUCGAAGCAUCGUCCGAUGGCGAGCGAGCCGCGAAAAGGCAAAAGUCGGUCACACCCACCGGCGACGCCGAGUUUAGUGUCAAGGAUGUCAAGAUGCACGAUGUUACUGCGGGCCAGGACACCUCGAAGGACGAGUCAGUGUUGCUGGACAUCGCAAAGAAGCUCGCUACCAGCAAAUAUGGCAUUGAAGAAGAGGGGGACGAAUGGGACAAGAUCGAGCACAGCGUGCAGGAACUCGUGCGGUCAGGCGACGCAAGCUUGCCUCCCACGACUGCAUUGAUGGGCGGCGUGGUGGCACAGGAAGCGAUCAAGCUGAUUACCAAACAGUAUGUCCCAGCGGACAACACUGUCGUCUACGACGGCAUUCAGCAGGCGAUUGGUGUCUUCAAGCUCUGA